AUGUUCGUAAGUGUAUUGUAUGUGUCCCUUUUAGACAAUGAGAAUUACUACAAAAAAGAGAUUAUAAAGUGUAGAAAUGGAUCCAAGAAGUUCAGUCAAGCUCAACUUAAUGAUGAUUUCUGUGAUUGCUCUGAUGGGAGCGACGAGCCAGGAACGUCGGCAUGCCCACAUGGAAAGUUCUAUUGUAGGAAUGUGGGACACCUUCCUGUUUCAUUACAUUCUUCAAAAGUGAAUGAUGGAAUCUGCGGUAAGAUGGGUUAUGGAUUUGUGAGUUUGGUUUCAUUUUAUUGCUGUGAUGGAAGUGAUGAGUACAAUGGUGAAGUGAAGUGUCCAAAUUCAUGUUGGGAGGCUGGCAAAGUGGCCAGGGACAAGCUAAAGAAAAAAAUUGACAUUUAUAAAGAAGGCGUCGCCAUAAGGAAAAAGGAAGUUAAGCAAGCAAAACAAGCAAUAGCGAAAGAUAAAGAGGAACUGUCAAAACUGAAAAAUGAAGAAAAGAGUCUUAAAGGGCUUGUUAAAAAGCUUAAAGCACACAAGGAGCAGAUUGAGAGGGCAGAGGAAAAGGAACGCCUGAUGAAAGAAAAGGAAGAGAUGAUGAAAACAGCUGCUGAGGAUAAAUCUGAUGAUGAGCAGAAGGAAAGUUCUAACUCUAAGACUUUAGAUAGUGAGAACAAUGGGCCGUCACCUACAGUCGAUCAGCAACAGAAAGAUGAAUAUGAAAAUACUGAGGGAUUGUCAACAGAUGGAUCUGAAAGUACAGAGGCAUUGUCAAGAGAGGAGCUGGGUCGCCUAGUUGCUUCACGUUGGACAGGAGAAAACACUGAACACCAGGCUGAGGAUCUUAGUCCUACUAAAGAUGGAGACAACAAUGAGAUUCCAGAGAGCAGUCAUGACAAGGACCAUCACAAUAAUGAUGGAGUAAAUAUUUUGAACGGCCCAUCUUGGUUGGAAAAGUUACAGGAUGCUGCUCGAAACCUGUUUCAGGCGAUUAAUUUAUCUCCUGUUCCACUUGAUAAACUAGAUGCAAAUCGUGUUCGGAAGGAUUAUGAUGACUCCAGUACAAGGUUGUCUGAUAUACAGGACAGGAUAGCAAGUUUGACAGAAAAGUUAAAACACGACUUUGGCAUGGAGAAGGAGUUCUAUUUAUUCUACGAUCAAUGUUUUGAAACCAAGCAGGACAAGUACGUGUAUAAAGUUUGCCCAUUUAAAGAUGCAUCCCAGGAGGAGGGCUAUAGCAAAACUCAACUAGGGCAAUGGGAGAAGUUUGAAAACUCAUAUGGCUCCAUGCUGUUUUCAAAUGGCGAUGGAUGCUGGAAUGGACCUGAUAGAAGUUUGAAGGUCAAGCUUAGGUGUGGACUGAAAACAGAACUGACUGAUGUGAAUGAACCAAGCCGCUGCGAAUAUGUAGCUCUGUUGUCGACCCCUAUCCGUUGCCUAGAACAAAAGCUUGAGGAACUCCAACGUAAACUCGAAUCAAUGUACCAAGAACAACCGCAAGUUGGCCAUGAUGAGCUGUAA